ACAGCGAUUGCUCUGAUUCGUCGUUUGGAUGUUUGUCCGAUUAUUGUUAUGUAUCUAGUGUUUGUGCAGUUGAUUUGCUGUGAUUUUGGUUUGAUGUUCGAUUAAGCAAAGGUAGCAAAAGUGUGUGGAAUAAUACGUGUCUAGUGUUUACAAGUAGGGCGCUAUAUCGAUCAUCUGAUUUGCUGAGCUUGAUCUUGAAUCUAAUCUGAGCAUGAUUUCUGCCUCAGUGUGUACAUGUGAGGGGGCUGGAAUGUGAAGAAUUAAUCCGUCGAAAAGAAAAAAAUAACAACACCGUCAGUAUGUUUAAUUAACUCAUGCACGUCCAGAGCGAAUUUUGUAAGGAAAAGUGCUUCCAGUGGACCAUCGAACAGAAACCACUAAUAAAUCGUGAAUAUUUAUCGUGUACCGUGAGCACGGGCUAGUGACAUGGUUCCUGCCUCUGCUGCAGCACAAUAGCAUGGAGUGUGGAGCAUAGGCCAAACGGUUCCUGCAGCUCAUAAAUGACGAUGAUUAGGGGAUCUUUAUAGGAUCAACUCCAUUGCAGAUGAAAUUAGUUGCGGAAUCGCUGCAAUCAUUACUACAAAGUACAAAUGUCUGCCAUCCGUCAAUGUGACGAUUGCCGUUACUAUCGCUACUGCCGCCGUCAUCCACAUGGCCAGAGCCAGCUUACCAUAGUAUUGUAGCAUACAUUCCAAACCAGCACAAUUUAUGAAACCGAGUCCAUCGAUCAUCAUCAGCACGGUUGAAGUUCUCUGUACUCAUCUGCGAAUAGUAAGUACACAACGUUUGUUUAGGUUGAUUGUUAGAAAAUACGAAGUGAGAACACGCCAACUCGAAAAAAGAUGGUCCUCGAUACGGUACGCAACAGUGACAGCUCGACGGCAGCAGCUGCCUUUCGCGGAACUUCAAAUAGUGGUACAAGUGGACCGGUGUUAGUGAGGCCAACCUCUCUUCAACCUCCCGAAAAAGAGCCGGUAAAUUUUCAGAUUAAUCUGAUUGGCGCCCCACCAGAAGUAGAACAACUGAUCGAACACAUUAAAUCCGUUGCUGAGCAGUUUCUGUAUCACUGGAAAACAUUUCCCAUCAAUUUACCUACCCCCCUUUCGAACAGUCCCGGUGGAGGUGUCGGCAAUGGUGGGGGAGGAACAGCUGCCACAGGGGGUGGUGGAGGACAGAGCGUUACCUCGCUUUCAGUUGCAGGAAGUGGCGGAGGAAGCAAUACCAAUAUACAACACAGCACUGUCGCUACUAGCGGAAAUCGAAAAGCUCGCCCAAUCAACCUCCGGGAUUUAUUCAUUGCGCCUCCGUUUGACGAGCUGGACGCAGUUGCCGCAGAUGGUUCCGGAGAGCCACGUCUGUUGACCAAUGCUCAGUUACGUUCAUUGCGUGAACGUGGCUUGCAAAAGGACAAAUUUGGGAAACCGAAGAAAUUGAAUUGCGAACAAUUGGAAACGAUUCAGUUCACUGGGGUAUUUGAGGUGCCAAGCUUGAACUUUCCGGGACAGGUUCAUCGAUGGCAAUUGUCACAGUUUCUGCAAAAAGGUUCCGAGCGAACACGGGAUUCGCUGCUGAGCGAUCUGGCAUUAUCCGCUCGUUUUAUCGUCAUCACUGCCAAGGGACGCUUGACCGGCCAUUUCUUUUCCGUUGCCCAUGCUUUUCGAGCAUUGCUGCAGGGAUUCAUCAAGCUAGUGGACAUGAUUGUCGGUGUUCCCUCGUUGCUAGCGCAAAACUUAGAUAACAAAAUUAAAGAAGAACGUUGUCGAUUUUUGGUAGCAGAACUAGUUUGUAGGAGUGAGUACGAAGACUGCCUAGAUUCGUUGUGUAGUUACGUGCGCCAUCAGCUACGCCGAGCCACCAUGGAAAAGUUUGAUGUGAACUGCAACCAAGCGCAACCGAUUCCUUAUCUAUAUGUAACCCCUAAAGGGCAAGACAUCGAUUUGCGGCUUUUUUCCAAGGAUACCAUGCGUCGAGCUUUACCAAUACUUGUGGGCAUCCUAGAGAAGGAAACGCGCGGUUGGUUUCUGCACUUUCGUGAACGUUUAAUUGCGGAACUGCGUGAACGAAAAAUGACCGACGCCGAAAUUGAGGAAGAAGUAAACGACGCCGUUAUGAAGGAAUAUCUGCAACGCGUAUAUACGUCUAUUCUCUCGAAUGUUGAACUUACCGAAUUGGGAGAAAACAUACCCCAGCUGCUUGUGCAGCAGGCUCAAUCGGUGGUCAUAAUGCACAAAGCGGUGGAUAAAAUACAAAAAGAACUGAAGAAAUCUCGGGAGGAAAUGGAACAAACGCUCCAAGAGCAGCAUCCCGUACUAUCGCGGGUCUAUCCCUGGCUACGAGCAAAAUUAAAUGCUGGUGAGCAAGCCAAGCUGUCCAAAAUCACCUGGGGUGCCCAUGAAGAAGCAUUGCGUGCAGCACAGAGGCUCAAUUUACAUCAGACGGUGUAUUUUCUCAAUCGUGAUCUAGCGUUCAUGAAGGAGCGUGAGCCAGUGUUACUAAAGGAACUGAAAAAUGCGAAAACACCGACACGCAACUUUCAGUGGGCGUGUCGCAUCUGGUCUCCCAAGUCGUGGAUAAUUCGGCGCAGCUUCCAGGGACACUCAGAAGUGGUGCCGACCGUGAUCUGCCAGCAGGCCACUUCAAUUGUCACGCCACGCUCUGACCCGAGUCAGCCAGUAUUCUUGGUCGAGAAGGAGUUGAUACGCUCGACAAGUACCCGGUGGCCGAUGUGGCGCUUGCUGAAUUUAUUUCAACGCACCUGGACCUGGACAUGGAAUAUUAUGUUCUUGCUCGGUGUCAUCGUACCAUGGUGCAGCCCGCUCGGGUUGCGCGCUCUAUUCUGCAAAAAACCGUUCAUGGCCGAUCUGGAGUUGUCGCAAGUCAACGGUACACUGUUUCCACGCAAAACCAGUAUCACACAGACGAUGUUUUCGCGCCUGAUGGAACUGUGGCGCCACAUUUCGAAAGCUCGGACACAUUUCGAAACCGAACCGGACACGGGUUUCAUAGGAAAGGGCAUGACGCGCCACUUGAAUCGCUUGUACAACUACUUCAUAAAGGGCUUUCUGGGAACGUUAGUGAUUUUGGUACUGUUUCCGCUGCUAUGCUUCGCCGUUAGCGCAUCAAGUCUUGCGUUAGCCGUCAUGGCACCGCUCUGGAUGCCGUUUAUCACAGUUACACUGCACCUGUACAUGAUGCUGAUCUACGAUUUGGACUGCCCCGACGAGAGCCGGCGCAAUCGAUAUUGUAUUUUUCUCGAAGCAGUUGGCUGGAACAUAGGCAUUCAGGGACUACUUCAACCGCUUGCAGCCGUACUGGUAGCAUCGGUAAUUUGUCCGUUAGUAGCGGUGCUGGUGUUCUUCGUUGGCAUUGUACGGUACUGGGUGCGUCUGUUUUGGGAUGCGGCUACAUUUCACUUGUUCAUCAAAAAAUGUGGACGCGUGCCGGCUAGUGACAGCUUUGCCGUUCGACGGAUAGCGGGGCCAGGUUUGGCGUUGGAUUAUUACUUUUCGAUCAAACCAGAACAAGCACUCGCGGCAUUCGAAGCUAAGAUGGAGCUAGAUGAGCUGCAAGCAUAUCAACACUCCAUGGAGACUAUCAUAUGUCAGCCGCAGAAGGACUUUAGCCAGUUUGUGGAAGCAUGCUUUGGACCGUUCUCGGCACAGCUGUCAAAAAGUGUUGGUCCAUAUCGUCAGCUGGAGCGCGAAGGUCAAGAUUUGAUGACAUCACUGCAUGAAAAGCUAGAAAAAAGGCGACGUGACUUACAGACGGGACUAACGACUGCGGUGAAAUCGCGCAUCAAGCUCAACACAAUGGAACUGAAGAUCGUAAUUCAACAGUCAGCGUAUAUGCUAGAAAAAUUCUACCCAUCGCAUGUGAUUGCCCGACUGUCGAUCAGUGAGGAGGAGUUCUGGGAUGCAAAGGGUCUUUCGGUGGGUGAUUGGGCCGGUUUGGCGGGUAUGCUGUACGCUGAUAUUUUCAGCCUAGACUUCCUGACACCACUGUCCGACACCGACACACAGUUCAAACUAGAACCACAUGCACAGCUCGAUUUAAAUCGGUACAACGAGAUGGUACAAAACACUAGCGACAUCAUGGGUAUUAAUGGGCCUGAUUUGUUGGGCAACGUUUAUGCACCGCGUGGUAACAUUCAGGUUCAUUCGCCAUACUUGGAGGUUUCCGCAUUCAAUCCACGUUCUCGUGUAAUGAUUAAUUCACGACGAGCGGAAAAACGCAACGACACAUCGUCUUCCGGAUUAACAGCACCGCGAGUUAGAGCACGUCGUUCCCCAAUGCCAUCGCCGAAACAAAAAACUCAAAGCUGGAAACCAUGGAAACGAAAACAGCAACCAAAGCACGCAGCCGACAAGAUGCUGAUUCCGCUACCUAUCCCGCACCCGGUGCAUAUUGCCAUAUCAAUUUACAAUCGUGACUCGGACCAACCGAUCCCGAUUGAGUCGGAACUUUGUUGGGAGAUACUGCGCUCGAUCGAAGAAUGCCAGGGUGAUCAGGAGGCAAUCGUGCGCUUCCGGGAGCUGGGUGAUCGUAUCGAUGGCCACAAUCACCACCAUCAUUCGCAUCCUAACCGGUCAGUAGGCAUCAGUGUUGACGGGCUGGCCGCCAUCGAUAGCAGUAUUGAUUCGCUCGACUCACAGAACUCGUCGAACUCGGGGACUAAGGACAGUAUGGAUAUGAUUGCGGGUGCUACGGAAACGCUACCGUGCACUAACCGCGAAGUAACGAUCAUGAUGCCCUCACAAGCUCUUGGAGUGGAUGACGAAGACGACGUUACGAACGACGGUAAUGGUCGUGGACGUGGUGAUGUUGGUAUCGACAUCAAUCAACACGGUACCACCACCAAUACGACCGUAGUCAUAAUGCCAUCGGCAAAUGGUUCCGGUAGCGUCACGACGACAACGGUAGCUACAGUUGGGGGAGGUGCCGGUGGUGCUAUAACACCGUCGUCUAACACCACAGCGCCGACACAUUUUCAUUGGACGCUUCGGAAUUGGGGCGGUGGAAAUGGACAGUCAGGAGCGCAGGGUAACCGUCGGAGGAAUACUAGCUACACGUAUAGCAGCACCACCACUACCAGUGGAGGAGUAGCAGGCCAGUUAAAUAGUGGCAGUGCCACAAAUUCGGCCAACGAUAGCCAACUAGAUCAGAUUCGUGUUGAUCUGGCUAGCCCAGAGGAUAUUUCGCUCGAUACAGACAGUUCUCGUGCGAUGUUCACUGCUGCCUACGGCACUUCUGUUUGAACAUGCUUUGUUUUCAAUUGCAAGGCAAGAGAAGAAUCCAUGAAAAUAGCAUUGAUUUGAUGAAUUUCUUAUAUUUGCCCACCUCUGGCAAAGAAAAACGAAAUUCAUGUAUAGUGGGGGAAAAUGAAAUGGGGAGCAGUGACAGCAUUUUAAUCAUUGCUGCACAAAUUCCUUCGCCUUUUCUUAUUACUGCGAAAUAAGAAUGCUGGGCAACGUACGUAAAAUUUUGUUUUUUUUUUAAUUAACGUUAUUUUUAAUUUUAUUUACAUCACCUUCACCAACAAACGCUCUCUAACGCAUGCUAUUUGUUCCUGUAUGCUGUACUAUAGAAUCACACCCAGUGUCGAUGCAGGUAUACUGUUGCAUAUGUUUUUUUCCUCAAUAUAGCUACCAUUAAGUGUAUCUAGUCGCAUUAAUUUACAUUCUUUUGCUUUUGUUACGUUGUGAUUUGUUUUACCGCAGUUGAUGCUACUCAUCUGGUCCAUGUUUUUUUAGUUUUUUAAAGUUCGUCAUUACCUAAUUUGACGUUAACAGGACGUCUUUUGCAUUUUCCUUACCCGCUAAGGAACGAUAGAUGCUAAAUCGUAGUAACGAACGGCUCGAAUCAUAAUGGUGGUAGCAAACCAAAAUAAUGUAUUCUUUAAACGAUAUAUCGAUCGAAGCGAAUAAUCGAUUCCUUCACUCCCGGUUGCUUAUGUAACUAACGCGUAGAGAGCUGCAAUCCGGCUGCUUCCAAUUGAGCAAUUGGAUACACACAACCAGUUGACUACAGU